AUUAUAUAUAUCUAUAUACCACUAUAACCCAUUUAAUUUCACUUUUUCUUGUAGUAGAACAACCAUUUAAGCUAGCUUCUUAUUGUUCUCUUUUCUUGCGUGAAGCUUGCGUAUCUUCCGAGUCGUACUAGGUUGCCGAGCUCGUAACCCUCUCCGCAAUGACCAACAAAGAAUACGGAGACAACAACAAGAUAUCAGUUUGUGAGACGUCAAUGUUGUUGGUGGCAAACAUCAUCAGAUUAUCGUCUCUAAGAUUUUCCGGCCAUAGUUUCAGAAAAGACCUUGAUCCUCCACAAGGGGAAGGAACCUAUGUGGGCAAAGGCAACGAAUCUUCGGUAUCAAAAUUUUACAAGAGUGACAGAACACAGGAGCCGGAGAGGAUCAAAAGGCCUCGUUCCUACCUCAUGAAACCACCAAAGGAGGAUCCAACAAACUAUGUGAGUCAGGCACUAGACGACGUUGACAUCAACGCUGAGAACUAUAUCAGCCAUAUUCGAGGAAAGAUUAGGGACAGUGGUAAUAUUGAAUAUUGAUACAAAGCAUAAUGCUUUUCACCAUAUCUUCCACCUCAAACUGUUAGCUUAGUGGUGGGGUUAGAUGGAUGCAUGAGGGCAUAGCUUUGAUUUAUCGUUGCCACCAUUGUACAGAAGAAAAUAAAAGCUUCUGCCUCUAGUAUAGUCAAGUAGGUUUUGCACUUUUUGUGAAUUAUUGUGUAAAGCUAUAAUAAUUAGCUAGGUUGCCAAUGUUUCAUUUUCUGUUCAAAUUAUCAAUAAAAAUUUAGUUUAAUUAA